AUGAGGGAUGCUUUCCGGGGCCGGGGCCGGGGCCGCGGCGGGGGAGGGUGGCGGGGCGGCCCCAGGGCAGCCGUUGCUGAGCCGCUUCACCAACAGCAUUGGAAGAAUGGCCCCGGGUUAGUCUCUGGGCCAGACACGCGCCACUUUAACCCCCGAGAGCCCCGGGCCCGGCCUGAAAGGGAGGCAGAACCACCACACGGACCGGGGCUGCCUCCCCAUUCCCAGCCGCCGCAUAGGCGCCGGCACCAGCAAGGUCAGGGCCUCCGUAAGGAGCGCACAGCUCCCUAUGAGCCACGGGCGAUGCUGGGCGCCCACGGGGUCCCCCCGAUGGCUGUCGGGGGUGGGGGCCAAAUGGUUAUGGGGGGGGGGAGGGGAAGGGUUAUGGAUGCUGCUGUUGUGGGAGGCCCAUUGGCCUGCCAAUCUCCUCUGCCGGGCUGUAUGCCUCCUCCUACGGUUUGCUGCAGCGUUUAUGCAGAUCAGCUUAUUGAUUACUACACGGGAAAAAUAUGCCCCAGGCGUUUCUGCGUAGCUUACAAUGAAGUGUGUAAGCUUGUGCGGUUGCCUGAGGGGCUGCCGCCCGCACCCGCACCAGCACCUGCAGGAUCAGUCUUACAGUCUCAUUCUGCUGCAGCAGGUGUUAGAGGUAUUGGAAGGGGAGACGAAGGGGUUCAAGAUAUGCAGCUCCCCAACGGGCCCCAUCGUGCGCAGGGCGCAGCUCUAGAAGCCGAUGAAAUGAGUGAAGUUUCGCAAGUUGAAGAGGGAGAAGUUGAUGAGGAGCUGCAACAGCAGCAGGGCGUGGGGUCUCAACCACCGGCAUUGCAACAACAGCAGCAACCAAUGGCAGCACCGAACAUAACAAGAAGGGACCCCAGAUUAGCAGCAAGGGCACGUGCAGAAACGGGCGUGCAGCAACAGCAGCAACAGCAGCAGCAGCAGCAGCAGCAAGAGGUAGUAGCGCAGCAUACGCAGGCAGCUGAAACAGCAGAGCCGCAUCGCCCACCAUCACCUGAAGAAGCACAGACGCCGCCGCACGAAACUCAACAGCAGCAGCAAGCAAAGCAGUGGGAGCCGAGUGCUUUACCUCCUGAGCUACGUCGGCAGCCAUUACUAUCAGGAAAACUACCAUUAUUAUUAGAUUUAGAUAAUACUUUAUUGCAUGCACAAGCCGUUGGUGUGGCAGGAUACAGCAUAGCAUUGGAAGAUUGGCUUGAUGAAGAUGGUUUACCUGAAGUAUAUAAAUUUGAACUCCCAUGUAAUAGAAAAGUUUAUUAUCUCAAGUUACGCCCGGGGUUACGUCGCUUUCUUAAAGCUCUUUCAUCUGUAUUCGAGCUCAGCAUAUAUACAAAUGCAACUCAGGAAUAUGCUGACCUCGUGGUGGCCAUCUUGGAUCCAGACAGAUCUCUCUUUGGAGACCGGUAG